AUGAACAUCACCAACUCGAGUACCGGUUUUCCGCCGCCUCCGCUCGUCGGCGCCUCGUUCGCAAAGACCGCCAUACCGUAUUCUAUAUGUUUUGUGGUCGGAACUCUCGGCAACACCGCCGUUCUCUCCUACGUGUUCUUCAUCACGAGGUGAGCCGCAGGCCAGCCAGAUGGGACCUCUAAUUUCGCAAAAAAGAUUCCAUUUGGCAAUAAAACUUUUCGGAUCCUGAAAGCAUGGAAAGUUGAAACUCGUAAACGAUUCUUGAUGGCCGCUUUUAUGACGUCAAUUUUGAGUUCAACAGAGUCCAAUUUCAGAUCUCUGAAAUCGUCGGUGACCGCCCUCGGCAACACCUUCAUCUACAUCGUGGCUCUCUGCGCAGUCGACUUGCUCGUCACCGUCUCCAUCCCGUUCUCGCUCUCCAACAUGAUCCUCAACAACUGGGUGUUCGGAGAGUUGGCGUGCAAAGUUCACUGGAUGCUCGAGCUCUCCAACAAGGUUUGUUUCGAUUUCCGGGCCCGCCGGAUGCGUGCGUGCUUUGCCCGUGUGAUAAACACUGGAAUGCAACUUUGGCUUUGUUAAUUUGAGGGCGAUCCGCUUCCUCGUGGCCUCGUUUUAUGUUCCUCUCGCCCUCGGAAAUUGAAAUUGGAUUCUUGCGACGAUAGGCGAUGUGCAAGCGCCCGCCUCACACACACACACACGCACACACAUUGUUCAUGUCUAAUUUUAGUUCUUACCCGGCGCAGCUCCCUCGUAAGACUUGUGUGAUUCAUUGGACUAUCGUCGGGCGAUGAAUAGAGAAUAACCUUUGCCGGGUCGGAUGAAUGUGGGAAGAUUGCGAGUCAUUGGAAGUCGGAUGAAUAGGUCAUCUGGAUAGUCGGGGGCCGGCUCCGAAAGGAGAAUCCCGGGGAGGGCAACAACAUCCCAUUACUUCUGUUUCACUUAUUUCCGAGAAAAUGAAUGGGCCGAGCGAGGGGAGCAGAAAACUGGCGAAAGAAGGCCCAUGCACUAGUAAUUAUUAUGUGCGUUUCGCGUGCGUGGAGCCGACUCGUCACGCACAAAAAUAAACAAAAAGGGGACGACGGAUUGUAUUCGUCAAUUGAAUCAUCCAAUCUCGUCGUCACUCGUCAGUUUCCGAAAAAGUCGGGAGUGCCGUGCGAAGACCCUUGGGACGGCCUACGUGGAACUCGCCACUAAUCACAUAAUUCAAUUGAAAAAGAAGAGAUGAAAGUUCCGACGGGAAAGCUAAAUAAUUGGAUUUUGCAUUUUGCAUUUCAGAUGUGCUCAACAUUCAUCCUGACGGCGCUCGCUUUUGACCGUUACAUGGCGAUUUGCCAUCCGGAGAUUAAGCGGAUCCACGAGAUGAGGCAUACGAUCUACAUCACGACCAUCCUCGCCGCCCUUUCCUUCUGCCUUAUCUCGCCAGUCGUGCUCUCGGCAAGAGUGACAAGUUUCGGCAACUUGGGCUACUACGUGAGCACAAAGAACGUGAGUGAAUGGAGGUUACUUGCAUAUGCACUUUCACACAAAACACGUCUUUCCAGGAACGACACUCCGUCACUCGUCAAAUGUGCAUUGAUGGAAUGGCUCGCGAAUGGAAGCUCUGGGUGUCCGCCUUCCUUAUCUUUUUCGCUUUCGUCCUUCCGUGCACUCUUCUCACCUACUUUUACGCAAAGAUCGUCCUCCGACUGCGCAGACAGAGAAGGUUAAUAUUCAAGAAUCCAUGAGUCACCCGACGAACAUCGUUUUUUUUGUCGGCCCUUUACUUUGUAUUCAUGGGAUUAUUGAAAUAGAAAGAGAGAGAGAGAGAGAGAAGCAAUUAUGAAUUCUUAAAAUCCUCUUUCAGAACGAUGCUCCAAUCGCGGAUUCCGCUCCGUCGCAUCACAAUCUACACAAUGGCCGCCACUUUUUUCUAUUUGUCGUGUCAAAUUCCGUUCUGGCUCCCACAAAUCUACGGAGUUCUCUCGAUCAUUCUCGGCUUCAAAAUCAACGCGAAACUCGUCACGUUCACCUACUACUCGCACCUUCUUCCGUUCAUUUCUGCCGCCUUAACUGGAUCUUCUACGCGCGUCUCAACAGUCAAUUCAAAAAGGGACUCGUGUUGGUAACCGAGCGAAUGAUUCGGAAACGGACGCGCUCGCUGCAUCAAAGCGACAAGAACGGCGGCUUCAGUGAGGCGGCCGUCGAGCUGACGAGCAAGUUCGACGACGUUCCGCUGAUGUGCCCGCACUGUGAAGCCCAACUGUCGAUCCGAUCGAGCAGCAACGGAAAGAAGGCGUCGCGAUGA